CCGGAAGUACGUCUAUCUCUCUUCCUCAAUAGCUGACGACCAACGCUAACGGCUCUGUCGGUAGGGAACAAAAUGUCCUGUUGGCUGUCAAAGGAGACCUUGGUGUUGGCAGAAGAUUACUUGCACUUCUGCACUGGCAGUCAGCAGAGCCCUCCCAAUGAGUCUGCAGUGGCGAUGAGACACUUGGCCAAGGAGAUGGAGCAGCAGUACAAGUCAAAACUUCAACCACUCGUGCAAACAUUCCUUGACUCCUGCGGACCUGACCAUAGUGCAAGUCUUAGAAAAGUGAUGGUAGAGCUUGUAGGAGACGGAAAGUUAAGCUGGGGAAGAAUUGUCUCUCUCUUUGCUUUUACCGGAAUGCUGGUCAAUGAACUCUGUUCCCAAGGAGAAGGCAAUGACUGCUGCAAGAGACUGGCGGAGACUAUAGCCGACUACCUUACUGUGGAAAAGCGAGAGUGGAUGUUGCAGAAUGAAGGCUGGGAAGGAUUCUGCAAGUUUUCCCGCAGUGCCAGAGAGGUGAACAAAGAGUCUGCAAUGAAGACUGCACUUUUUGCUGCUGCUGGUGUAGGCAUUGCAGGAAUAACUUUUCUCUUUGUGCGUUAAGGGUACAUUUUCCUGCCUUUUUUACUUGCAUAUUCCUUUUGAUUACCUUUUUUUUUUUUUUUUUUUUUUUAAUUAACAAAUGUUGAUUUUUGGAACUAUAGGCAGUUGUUUAUAAUUCUCCCAAGAAGUGGUGUAUACAAGGAUUUGAGAGCUUGAGGAAAGUUUUUAAACUGGAGUAAUGUAGCAGAAUUUGUUCUCUACUUCCUUUGGGACACAAUAUGCUAACUGCCUAUUUUCUACUUUACAUAUAGUAAA